AGUUGGUACAUUUUGAUAUGAAUUUGCAUUUCUGAGCAACACAGUUUUGCUUGAAUUCAUAAAUUCUUAGUUUAAAAGUAACCUUUUUCUACUUAAUGAAAGUGAAGAGAGUUAACCUUUGCACAUCCAAAUAUUUCACUUUAAAUUUUACAGUAGUAAGAUAAAAGCCAUUUUGCAGUAAUAUAUAUAUAUAUGUGUAUAUAUAUACAUUAUACUUUUUAUGUAUGUGUAUUUUGUUAUCAGAACUGAUCAUUAUUAUUAUAAUGAUAAAUAUUUUAAAAAUUUCACGCAAAGUAAAGGACCCAAACAACUUGAGGUCUAUGAUCCAAAAUAACACAUUUACAAAAAGCAAGGUAAACAUUUGCAAGGGACCCAUAAGUGGCUUUUUUCAUUCUUUUUGGUCGUGUUCUUACCAAAACCACUUGAAACCAUCGUGGCCUUAAGCUUAAAGAUAUUGUGGGAUACGUUCAAGGAAGCACAAAAUUGUUUAUUGAGGAAGAAUUCCGCAAAAAGUGGGAUACCAAAAUAAUGCAAAAGGUCAUGAAAAUGAUAUUCUUGCAACUGACAAUCCUGUAUUGUCAUAUUAAGCUUCCUACAAACAUGAAGAAUUUAGCAUAAGAAAAUUGUGUUAAGAAUUGAUUUGCAUCAGUUUCUUUAAAGCACAUAAUGGAGACCAGUGAUGAAUACCUAUGAACUCCAACACAAUAAUAGCAAUUGCGGCAGUUUUUGCAUUUUGGCUUAGAAACUCCCUGGUUGACGAGUGUGUUGAGAGGUAAAAAGCACACUCAGCAAAAUGCAGGCUGUUCAGCAGGCCGCAACUCAGGGGGCACACAUCAUCCAGACAGCAGGUGGGCAGCUUAUGCUCCAGACAGUUGGAGGGUCUGGUUCAAUACAGGUUGCAUCUGCUAAUGGCCAACAGCUACAACAGAUACAAGUUAUACCUGCCUCAGGUCUUCAGAGUGGAAAUCAUGUCAUGGUACAAGGAGGAGGGUCAACCCAGCAAGCACAGAUCAUCCAGACUUCAGAUGGACAGGCACUGGUUUACCCCAUUCAAUUGGACAGUCAGGGCAACAUUAUCCAACAGCAACCAACAGAUGCAGUGAAUAUUUCAGGCAACCUAAUCCAGCUAGCGCAAGCAUCCACUUCCCAAGCAUCUCAGACAGGAUCAGUACAACAGAGCCCACAGACAACCCAACAGACUGCACAAACAGCUCAGACCAACCUUGCAAAUGUUGUUAUGGUUGGUAAUGGAAGUGUUGCACAGUUGCAACGAAUUCCACUUCCUGGUCCCGAGUUGCUGGAGGAGGAACCACUUUAUGUUAAUGCUAAGCAGUACAAUCGGAUAUUGAAGAGAAGGCAAGCAAGAGCAAAGCUUGAAGGAGAGGGUCGCAUACCAAAGGAACGUAAAAAAUACUUGCAUGAAUCCAGGCACCGCCAUGCAAUGAACAGAAUACGAGGAGAAGGUGGUCGAUUCCAUAAAGGACAAGAAGACAUGAUGGACAACCUAGGAGGAUUGGGUCUACAGAAUGGAAUGGAUGAGCUGAUAACAGGUGACACUGUUCAGACCAGAGUUCCUGAUACUAAGGUGUUUGUUAGCUGAAAUAACAUGUGUCCUUCUGAUUUGAAUUCAG